CUCAUCUCAACGAAAGACUCUUCCGGAACCGAAUGUCGUAGUCGGGGUGUAGGAUUGAACGUUGCCGUUCUGAAGUUGCCUCUGAAAGACGAUCACUGCGGAGUUCGCUACAAUAAGGAACUCGACCAGUAUGUAGUCACCGUUGAGAUACAUUCGCAUUCAAUUGUCAUCGUCGACGAGGAUGUCGUUCUCAAUGUGACGUGUCACGGGAGCAAGAAGACUUUCAAAAAGCAGUACGUUUUCGGAAGGUCAACACAGGAGAAGCUAACUAUGUCAGUACGUGAGAGCGAUAAUGGCGUUGCUGUCCGAGAAGUACUUUAUACAAAGCAAUAUACUCUGGCUGUCACGACGACUUCCAACAAAGUCAACUUCCGUGUUGGGAAUUGUUCUGCUCAGUGUGGCGACUUCCCAGCAAUCAAACUAUCGGAUAGUCGAGGAUGUUCUUUGUACCCAUCGCUCCUAACGAAUUUUACUCGAACUGACAGUGGAUGGUAUGCAUACAUCUUCUCUGCGUUCCCUUUUCCGUCAGGCACUGAGAUCAUCUACAGUUGUCAAGUGACGCCGUGUCGCGAAGAAUGCCAGGUUUAUACGUGCGGUGAGAGGAAUUCAGUCUCUCGUCGAUCUGGAACUGAAGGGAUGGCCCAGGUUCAAUCGUUGCACACUGCUGUGCUACUACGGCAUCAACUUGAAGAGACGACUUGGAUGCAGCCUUAUGAAAUGACAACAGAAAAAAGUAAUAAUAGUGAUAAGAGCGACCAUAGUGAAGUGAUGUGCACCUUGUGCAUAGUUCUCAGUGGUGAGCUCAUUUUCCUAAAUGAAAUAAAGGCUGAAGCUGUACAGCAGAAGCGACAAGUGACGACAAUCGAGGAAAGCCCUCAAACUGAUCAGAUGCUGGCUCACUACUGA